UGUUUUGCAACAAAAAAUUGCAAGAUUUGGACAAUAUGAUAUAAUUUAACAAUUUCGUGUUUUCCAACCACUCAUCAAUCUUCAUAAUUGUCACCAAAUCACUUGUUAUGAUAAUAAAGCACAAUGGAUAACAACGAUCAGGAAAACAGAGUUGGUACAUCACAAGAAGACAGGACUACUACUACUACACAAGGUACGGGUACUCAAGUCCAAAACAAGGAUUCGGCUAGAUAUUGCUGGGUUUGUUUUGCUACAGAUGAGGAAGAUAGGGAUGCCCAGUGGGUGCAGCCGUGUAAUUGCAGGGGAACAACAAAAUGGGUUCAUCAAGCCUGUUUGCAGAGGUGGGUAGAUGAAAAACAAAAAGGGGGUAACAUUGGUAAAGUUAGCUGUCCUCAAUGUCAGACAGAAUAUAUAAUAGUUUUUCCAAAUAUGGGGGUUCUAGUUUUAGUGCUAGAUACAGUAGAUAGUUUUAUUUACAAAGGCUGCCCCUUUCUAGCGGCAGGUAUAGUUGUAGGAGCAAUCUAUUGGUGUGCUGUGACCUAUGGAGCUAUAACCAUUAUGCAGGUAAUUGGCCAGAAAGAAGGCUUGACUAUAAUGGAACAAGCUGAUCCAUUAGUAUUAUUAAUAGGCCUGCCUGCUAUUCCAGUGGCUCUAGUUCUAGGUAAAAUGAUCAGAUGGGAGGAUGCCUUGCUUAAUUUUAUGAGGAGGAAUUUGUCAAAAAUUCCAAUUGUUAGAAAUUUUUUGCCAUUUAGUGGUUGUUCCAGAUUUGAAUCUCCAAAUAAUCCGGACACAGCAAACGAAGAUAUUCCACCCCUUACAAAUCCAGUUUCUGCUACUAGAGUACUAUGUGGAGCACUAUUACUACCGACGAUAGCUAAUAUGUUUGGAAAAUUUUUCUUUGAUUCCAUUAGAUCCAAUUUCCACAAAACGCUUUUAGGAGGACUCACGUUUAUAGCUAUUAAAGGAUGUUUGAAAAUUUAUCACAAACAACAGCAAUACAUUAGGCAGUGUCAGAGAAAAAUUUUGGAUUAUACUGAAUCUAACAUUACCACUUAUUUGCAUAGAAGAGCUGAGGAAUAAAAAUGUUAAAAAAAGAUAUUGUAAAAGGAGAUUUUUGAAAAUAAUUAAAUAAAAAUUAUGAAAUUUUGUUUUGUAC